AUGUAGAAGUAAAUUAAAAUUAAGGAAAGGAAAGUCAUUAUUACCAAAUAAACAGUAAACAAAUGUCUGAUCAAUGAACUAGGAACUUAGUAAUUAUAUUAUUGUAUAAUAGAAUUAUUCUAAAUUCUGAUUCAAAGGUCUUAUAUUAUUCUAUUUCUUGCGGAAAAUUAUUGAGAAAUUUAUUCAUAGAAUAAUCCAUUAUACCUGAUAAUUAUUAUUUAAAGUAUUCCUCUUGUAAUAAAUUUAGAAACUUAGUGGUUUCGAAGAAAUUUGAUUCAAGUAGCUUAAGAAUUUAUGAUCUAACUACAGCUCUGUUAUUAAAAAAUAUUAUGAAGAAAGAUUUAUAAGUUUUAUGUUUUACGAUAAACUCUUAAUAAACUCUGUUAGCAUUAUCUGAUUUAUAAGGAAAAAUCAGUAUUUUAAACAUUAGAAGUGGAUUGAUCGCAACUUAUAGGUAAAAACUAGGUUGUCCUCAUUAUUUAAAAUUCAAUCAUUCUGAAACUAUAUUGUAUUCAUACUCCAAAUAAUCUGCCUAAGUAUUUUGAAACUUAUUCCUAGGGUUUUGAUGUAUUAAAGAAAUAAUUAGUUUGGUAAAUUGAAUUGAAUUCUUAACGACCUGAGAUAUUUAUUAAUUCAAGUUGCAAACACUGUUUGUUCACUUUAAAUUUUAUCGAUUCGACAAAAUAAUCAUCCUCUUUCCAAUUAGAGAAUUUAGAAACAGGAUAUGUAUAAGGUUAUUUUUGUAAUUUAGACUUCAUUAAGGAAUUUUGCAUAUCUAACAACGGUAUUUGUAAUAAAUAAUUGAGAGAGAAAUACAUUUUGAUUGUAUCUGAUAAAACUAUUGAAGUAUAUGAUAGAGUGUUAAGUAAUUUGAUCUUAUAAUUGCAAUUUUAAGAUAUAAUUUUUAGAGCUACUCUAUGUCAUAAUAGCGAAUUGAUACUCGUUACUAAAGAAGAUUCCAAAAUUUAGUUUUAGUAAUAUAUGAAUUUAAACGAAGCAAUCUCAUAGGGGAAUGUAUACGCACAAUAGAAGGGAUUAGCAACUUUUGGGUUGACAUAGAUUAGAAGAAAUUCAUUACAUAUAUUUAAGGGUAAUGUAGAGUAUAGUUUUGA